GCAGCGGAAAUCGCUCCGAAGCAUGGCCGGCUGGGUGUUCUGUAAUCGCUGUUUCCAGCCACCCCAGGGGACGGCGUGCUUCAGCCUGACUAACUGCGGCCACGUGUACUGCGAUGUCUGCUUGCGCAAAGGUAAAAGGGAUGAAUGCUUGAUCUGUAAAGUUCCAUGUCGUACAGUUCUGCUUUCGAAACGUACGGACUCCGACAUCCAGGCGCUCUUCAUGGGCAUAGACGGCCUGUGCAGGAAGUACGCAAGGGAGACCUCCCAGGUUUUAGAAUUUCAAGAAAAGCACAGGAGGAGACUGUUAGCCUUCUACGGAGAAAAGAUUUCUCAGCUGGAAGAGUCCCUCAGGAAGUCAGCGCUGAGGAUGGGGCAGCCGCAGAGUGUGAGAUUGUCACAACAAACGGCUUUCAGCACAAUAAAAACUCCAGUUUCAACUCCUUCGACAAAGCCCAACGGGCCGCUCUUCAUGCCGCCUGACUCAUCAGCCUCUGCAAGGGUGGAGUCCAUGGAGGUUGACCUCACACCCUCCCCGAGAAGAAAGCGUGAGGUCGCCACCGGCCUGACAAGGAUCUCCCUGCUCAGUCCACCUCGGGAUGGACGCAUGGUGCGUCUUGUGGACGGUGUGCCUCUUGUGGACGGUGUGCGUCUUGUGGACGGUGUGCGUCUUGUGGACGGUGUGCGUCUUGUGGACGGUGUGCCUCUUGUGGACGGUGUGCCUCUUGUGGACGGUGUGCCUCUUGUGGACGGGUGA